GUCUCGGAAGCCUGUCAUAUGGCCAGCGUUCUCUCACAUGGAGCGCCACCGAGGGACUUAGAGGCGGAUGAUGAAACGGUGGAGGUGGAGGUCGAUGACACGGGGCUUCUGCGCAUCUCCCUCGCUCACCUGUUCCAGAAGGAGGAUACCGAUGACGGGGUGGUCAUGGUUCAAACCAGGGUGGAGCAGGAUCGCCUUGGUCGAUGGCAUCGACUUUUGAUGACCUUGCAAAGGCAGAUGGUGUCACAACCCAAGCCCGUACGGUUGUCCCACAUCAACCAUCUGAGGGCUCGCUUGCUCCACAUCGUGAACCCUCAACAAUGGACUGAGGAACAGGAUCAGUUCAAUGCACUCCUGAUUGGCAUGAGUGAUGAUGUGGAAGCCUCUCAUGGAGAAGUUGACAUGGCUUGGUUGGGAGAAUGGGGAACGCUACUUGAGGAUUUCAUGCCGGGCAUCCAGGAGCACAUCGUUGUCAAGCCGAGGGCCAUCGCUGUGGAAGACAGCUUUGAGGCAAUGCCUGCUGUGGACGCCCAGCCGAAGGUUCUGGAGAACGAUGUGGAUCGCCAUGUCCGUGAGGAAAAUGAGGAGCGAGCAUGCAGGGAGGCGGAACAGCAGGCGAAUGAGCACCAGGCCCAAGCCCACGAGGAGGAGGUGGAAUACUAUCGGCAAGCAGAGGACCAGAUGCGAAAGUAUCAGGCUGCGCAGUACCAAGCUUGGGAAGACUGGGAGCUACAGGAUCCCGCAUGUGGACCUCCACCUGUUCGAGAUACUCUGGGAGCAAGUGACCUACAGUACUCGGACUACCAGCAUUACUUCCAGAAGUGGUGUCAGGGCGCGAUGUCAGGUGAGGAAGUCAGGCGUCUUGUCGGCGAGGAGGCUUAUGAGAUGAUGCAGGUGCACUACGUUGCCGAGCAAGCAGAGUCGUGUUUGGCUAAGCAAGACGAGCAAGAGGGUGUGAGCAGUACGCAGUUGGAUGCACAAGGGCCUGAUAUCCUGGUGCACGUGGUCAUCUGA